AUGGCUCGCCUCACUUUCUCUUACCUUCUUUUGGCUCUCGUUGCCGGUGCUGUCAAUGCUGUCCCGACACAGAAGGCUCGGGAUGCGUCAAGCAGUGACAUUCAGCAAUACCUUGAUCUGCACAAUGCCGCUCGCGAGGCGCACGGUGCUUCAGAUUUGACGUGGAACGCUACACUGGCAACGGCCGCUCAGACUUGGGCUAAUGGCUGCGUGUUUCAGCACUCUGGUGGAACAUUGGGCCCUUACGGUGAAAACCUUGCUGCGGGAACUGGAAACUUUACCAUCGCUGAUGGCAUCGGCGCCUGGACCGCUGAAGCAUCGCAAUACGACCCAAGCAACCCUCAGCCUUCUCACUGGACUCAAGUUGUGUGGAAGGGCACUUCUGAAGUUGGAUGCGCGGUUCAAACUUGUAACGGUAUUUUUGCUGCUAGCUAUGGACCUGCUCAGUACUAUGUUUGCGAGUACUACCCCGCAGGCAAUGUCAUUGGUGAAUUCCCGUAA